UCGGCUUCGCUAUCGCGGACUUAGCGCGCGUUGUGCGCGGCACUCGCGAAAAUUCGCGCAAAGCCGCCGGCGACCAGUGCCUUCCGGAUUGCAUCCCAUCAAUUAAAAUUAUACAUAUCACGUAUUUUUCGACUUAUAUCUACCUAUCUUUGUAAUGAGAAAUUGUGACUGACUGUUCUACGUGGAUGUUUAUUAUUGUGUAUAAAUAAAAAAAUUAAAAACAAAAUUAAAAAAAUGCAUGACUACGACUCGCAGUGACGCACCAACAACAAACAAUUCCCUUUAAUCUUUUUUUGUUGUGUUCAAAAUUUGAAAUGAAUUACAAACUGAAACUUUUUGGUGUGGCAUAAAAAUGUUAAAGGAAAACAUAAACACGUAUCGUAUUGAUAUUUUGAGCAUAAGUGAUUUGGAAAAUGGAUUUGACGACUCGCCGAGGAGAGCUGGAGGGAGCAGUGCCGGAGUUGGUGUUAUCUAUGAACGGAUCGGAGCAGGCGUGCCGUGAGAUUGUGAACGGGACUGAGGGCGGGUGUGACGUCACAGGGGUGACACCGGAAGUGACCACGUCGAGGAAGACUAACUCGUUCAGUAUUCGAAACUUGGUGGGUGGUGAGGAUUUGGAACGCACUGCCGACGGCACAGCCAACUCCACAGAUGGCUACUACAGUCCAGAGCAGGGCUACCAGAAGUACAACAGCAUGGGGGUAUCGGAGGCCCCUAAAGACGACUCCCCCCGCACCACGCCGGACUUGCCGCGCGCCGACCAGUCCCCUGCCUCGGAGCGGCCCCUACCAGGGUCGGCAGACAGCGACGACGCGGAUGAUUUCGCACCCAAAAGAAAGCAAAGGAGAUACAGGACCACCUUCACGAGUUUCCAGCUCGAGGAAUUGGAGAAGGCGUUCUCCAGGACGCAUUACCCUGAUGUGUUUACCAGAGAAGAGCUGGCAAUGAAGAUUGGACUGACGGAAGCGCGAAUACAGGUGUGGUUCCAAAACCGGCGAGCCAAAUGGAGGAAACAAGAAAAAGUGGGGCCCCAGGCACACCCGUACAACCCGUACCUUGGAGCAGCGGGGGGCGCGCCCCCGCCGUCAGUCGUCGCGUCCAUGCCCAAUCCGUUCACACAAUUGGGAUUUGGGUUCAGAAAACCUUUUGAUACGAAUGCUUUGGCGUCUUUUAGAUACGCGGGCGCACCAGUCCUUGGUGCGCAAUACCUCGGGGCACCGCUACCCCGACCGCCUCUCUUCAGUGCUCCUCUCUACACAACAAGUCCUCCUUUCCACUCCCUUCUUGCGGGCCUCGCGCCUCCUCGACAGUCCCCUGACCCCCCAGCAGUGUCCCCUCCCAUAUCUCCCGGGAGUGAAUCCCCUCCAAACCCCCAGCCGUCAGCUCCAGAAGUAGAAAGAAGGAGUUCCAGCAUAGCAGCGCUAAGAAUGGCAGCAAGAGAACACGAGUUGAGACUAGAGAUCCUCAGACAACGACAUCACACGGAUUUGAUUAGUUGAAAGUUGUGGGUAGUUGUAAAACUGCGAUCGGAUGUUACUGACCAUAGAUAACGUGGAAACACAAACGUCAAUUACUUAAAUGUCUUGUUAUAAAUCUGUAGUAAUAAAUUGGUAAUGUUUGUACGAUUAUUUUAAAAGAAAAAACAGAUAAUACGAUCGUUUUACCUAACUUAAAAGGAGAAGAAAUAGAAUUUUAAGCGAACCCAAAUCUUGAUGAUAGCUUUCUUAAGAAUACAAUCCAUGACAUACAAAAAAUCAUAAGCGAAACGAUGCUAAGACUCAAACUUCUGUUUAUUCUAAAACUGAUACCAUACAUACACGAAUAUUAUUGAAAACAGUAUCCUAAAGUAAGAAAAUCAUAGCAUUACAGUUGAAAUUACAAUAUACAGUUUAAAAUACGCGAAAUUUUAAAAAUGUCAAGAGAAUAUUGUUAUUGAAAU